AUGAAGCUGAAGCUGCCAAACCCAGGACUAGAUGACCGGAUCCCUUCUCACAAGGACCUGGAGAGGAUGGAUAAGGAGGAGGCUGGGGACAGGCCCAAAUGGGACAACAAAGCCCAGUAUCUGCUCACCUGUCUGGGCGUUUGUGUGGGACUUGGCAACGUCUGGAGGUUCCCUUACCUGUGUCAAAGCCAUGGAGGAGGUGCGUUUAUGAUCCCAUUUCUCAUCCUGCUCGUCUUGGAGGGAAUCCCAUUGGUGUACCUGGAGUUUGCAAUCGGUCAACGUCUGAGAAAGGGCAGUUUGGGAGUGUGGAGUUCGAUCAAUCCAUACUUGACUGGAGUUGGUAUUGCAUCCUUGCUUGUCGCAUUUUUGGUGGGUAUAUACUACAACACCAUCAUGGCCUGGAUCAUGUGGUAUCUCUUCAACUCCUUUCAAAGCCCCCUGCCUUGGAGUCAAUGUCCUCUCAAUGCUAACAGGACUGGUGUGGUUGAGGAGUGUGCUCGGAGCAGCACUACCGACUACUUCUGGUACAGGGAAACUCUGAACACUUCAGAAUCUAUUGAUGAGUUUGGCAGUCCACAGUGGUGGAUUGUGCUCAGCCUGAUAGCUGCCUGGACUGUGCUCUUCGUCUGCUGCAUCCGGGGCAUUGAGACCAGUGGAAAGGCCGUUUACGUCACUUCCACUCUACCAUACGUGGUCCUCACCAUCUUCCUCAUCAGAGGACUGACUCUGAAAGGAUCUAUUGAUGGAAUCAAGUUCCUAUUCACACCAGAUAUAAAUGAGUUAAUGAAUCCGACAGCUUGGUUGGAUGCAGGCGCUCAAGUUUUCUACUCCUGCUCUUUGGCCUUUGGAGGUCUCAUCUCUUUCUCGAGCUACAACUCUAUUCACAACAAUUGCGAGCAGGAUGCUGUUCUCAUCACCAUCAUCAAUGGCUGCACCUCAGUGUACUCUGCGACAGUUAUCUACUCCAUCAUCGGCUUCAGGGCCACGCAAAACUUUGACGACUGCACAGCAGACAACAUUUUAAAGUUGAUGAAUACCUUCAACUAUCCUGAAAACAUCAUCACAGAAAACAACUACAAUGAGGUUCUGUCGUACCUCAACCAGACAAAUCCAGAUAUUAUUCAAGGAUUGCAAUUACAGACUUGUGACUUGCAGGUUUUCCUCAGUCAGGGUGUGGAGGGAACAGGUCUCGCCUUCAUCGUGUUCACUGAGGCCAUCAUCAACAUGCCCAUUUCUCCUUUGUGGUCCGUUCUCUUUUUCGUCAUGCUUUUCUGCCUCGGCCUCUCAACUAUGUUCGGGAACAUGGAGGCAGUGAUGGUUCCUUUGCAGGACCUCAAUGUGCUUCCCCGAACUUGGCCAAAAGAAGUUCUCUGUGCUCUGACUUGCAUAAUCUCCCUCGGUUUUGGACUCAUCUUUUCCCUGCCCUCUGGAAACUACUGGCUAGCUCUUUUUGACAACUAUGCUGGCUCUAUCCCUCUUCUGAUCAUUGGCUUUUGUGAAAUGAUCGCUGUUGUGUAUAUCUAUGGCAUCGAUAGGUUUAACGAGGACAUUGAGUUUAUGAUCGGCCACAAGCCCAAUAUGUUCUGGCAGGUGACCUGGAGGUUUGUCAGUCCACUCUUAAUGGUCGUCAUCUUGGUUUUCUACUUCAUAACUCAAAUCAGCAAGAAUCUCACCUAUUUGGUGUGGGACCAGGAGGCGGAGAGCUUCCCAACCCUUGCAAUCCGUCCGUAUCCUUCCUGGAUCUACAUCUUCAUCUUCAUUCUGGCUGGAAUUCCAAGUUUAGCCGUCCCAGUGGUUGCCAUCUACAUUUUCAUCCAGAGGAAAUGCUGCAAGCAGAAGGAUUACAGUGACGGCACACUCGAUACGAUCUCUGCCAAAAUACAAAGGAGUGACGAAAUUAAGUUUUAG